AUGCCAUUUAAUGAUGCCAUGAGUGACAACGUGGACAUUUCCAAGCCAGUGGCAAAUAUUCUUCACAAUAUGUUCGAGAGGAUUGCCGAGGGCAAGAAGGUAGAGCUUGGGCGGCUUACAGGCAUAAGCGACAAUGGCCGAUAUAUCCGCGGUCUGAUUUGGGGUGUCACAAGGAUGGUCAAGGUUGUUCGCACAGUCCUCGACAAAUCCGGUCUCAAGUAUGACACCCCAAAUCAGACCGCGGAUAUAUCGGCCAUUGUCGCUUAUGCCUGUAAGCCGCCCAAGCUCUACCUUCUUGCCCUCGGCAAUCCUCUCGAACAUAUUGUGAAGAAUAUUUGCCACUGGCUUGGAAAUGUCCACGUUGUCACUCAUGGCAUCAUUAAAUGGCAUGAGGGACAGCAGAAAUAG